CUAGGCUAGGCUAGCGUCCGCCGCCGGCACAGCGCCGGCUAGGCUAGGCUUGUGUCCGCCGCCGGGAACACCCAUCUGUCAUGCAGCCCGCUCACGCACACCGCUGCUGCGGAGCUAUACAGUCUAGCGCAGCGCUGCUGCGGAGCUGUACACUCUGGCGCACCGACGACGCCAAGAAACUCCGCUGCGAACCCGAUUCCGGUCGGAAUUACUCGUUCAAAAUAAAAUAAAUAAAAUAAAAAAGUAGCCGCGUGACUGACAUCAGCUGAGCGUGACGCAGCAAGAGGCGGGGCUAAAUAAAACAUGGUGGCCUUACUGACCAGGUUACCGCUGGCGGAAUGUCUGCAGCUGUGUCACAGGAUGGUGGACUGGGUGUGCGGCCAGGAGCCCCCACGUCUGGUAGACUACAGUUCCACCUAUAACCUGGACGAGUGGCUGGAGCUGCAGAACUCCCUGUCUUCCCUCUUCCAGCAGGCUGUGAGGAACAACAGCUCUGACGAAGAGAUGCUUGCAGGGUUCACGUGUGAGGAGAGCAGCUACAGAGAGGCUCUGCUCAGCGUGCUGAGGGCCAGACAGGAGGAAAUCCACCGAGCUCUUGUGGAGAAAACCAACGCCAUCUCCAGCAGUACUCUUCAAGACUUUGACUGGCAGCUUAAGUUAGCCCUCUCCAGCGAUAAGAUCUCAUCUCUCCAUACUCCUUUGUUGAGUCUCAGCUUGGAUUUGAGAGAGAACGGAGCCCUCCAUCCCGUCACCGUGGAGAUGAACAGAGAGGAGCUGCACACACUCAUCAGCUCGCUGGAGGCGGCCAAUAAGGUGGUGCUGCAGCUGAAAUGACCACCCCGUCAUGGAGAUUUGUUUUCUCUUUGUCAACAGACCACAGGAAGUGCAUCACCAUGACGUAAAUACUGUACAUAAGCCUUAUAUAAACCACAUCUUCAUGUAUGUGGUCGUCAAACGCGCAGCACAGAGGGCGGAGGCGUCAUGUUGGACCACAAACCAGUUUGACCAGCAUUGCUGUAUUUUGUAACCCAUGGUAGUCUUUUGUACUCUUGUGUCCUUUGUGAUUUUUUUCUGCUCUCAAAUAAGUAAACUGGAAUGGAUGCAUCUUUGGCUUUUGAACCUACUUAUUCAGCUUCACUGAACUGCUGCACCCACCAACAUGUGAAGCAUGGCGUAUGCAUUCUGUUGGAACUGAGACACAGCAGACAGUUUUUCAGCUUUAUUUUGAAUGAUGGCUAGCUACCAUACAGUAAACACUAACUUGCCCCGUUUUCACCACAUCUGCCCUGCGAUACGGCAGCUCAAGAGCACGUUCAGUGAGUCACAUGGAAGAGAAAGUCCAAAGGGGACAAAAGUGUUUGUUAGUCACAUUUGGGCCAAGUGUAAAGAUUCAUUACAGUUUUCACAAGCAUUCAGUUGGUGUAGAAUUAUGCAUUUAGCUGGUGAGCUGUAAACUCAAUCAUCAGGACAAAAAAGCAGUUUUAGUUGAUAUUUGACAAGCGCUCUUCUGGAUAAGAUUCAUACUUUUUGAUUAAACACAUUAUAAACGCUACAAAUGAAUGACAGGGAGGCACACAGCUACGAGCAUGUACAGUGCUUUGCAAAAGUAUUCAACCCCCUGACAGUCAUCAGUAAUGUCUGGAUUAUAAAAGACACUCACGCAUCUGUUCCUGAACAACACUGUUGUUGUGAACCCAUAAGCUCUAACACGUGUUCCCACAGCCAAAAUAACUUGCGUUUCACUGACUUUAUAUUAAUAAAUUAAAAACUAAAAUACAGUGUUUGCAUAAGUAUUCAACCCCCACAUAUCAGUACUUUGUAGAGUACCCUUUUGCCGCAGUAACGGCCGUGAUUCUCUUGGGGUAAGUAUGUACAAGCUCUGCACAGUCUUCUGGAGUAAUUGUUGCCCAUUCGUCUUGGCAGAACUUGUACAGGUCUUGCAGUUUGGUGGGAUGGUGCCUCUGGACUGCGAUUUUCAGUCUGCCACAGAUUUUCAAUGGGUUUGAGGUCCGGACUUUGAGUUGGCCACUCCAGAACGUUCACCUUUUUGUUGCUGAGCCAUGCCAUUGUUGCUUUAGCCUUGUGCUUUGGAUCAUUGUCCUGCUGGAAGGUGAACCUUCUCCCAAGCUUCAGUUUUAUGGUAGACUGCAACAGGUUGUAUAGUAGGUUGCAGUAUCAUGAGGAGGCAAGAUAUAAGUUUACUGGUUUAAUAGAGAACGACUGGUACAUGGGUACACUACAAUCAGAUGCGCUGUCACUACACUGAAUGCCCUCUAGCGGCAACGUAGCAUUUAUAGGCCACUGUAUUAAUGCGAACAAUAAAGUAGUCCCACAACACAUCGCCUUUCCUUUGAGUCUUUGAGACAGUGCUUUCUAUAUGAACAUAUUAUAAG